GUGUGUGGGUUGGAGCUUUCUGAUAUUGUGUGGUGAUUCUCUGUGUAUGGUGGCCAUCUCAACUGCGACAUGUGCUGUGACACAGAGCUGCCUGCAGCCCUGGGGUCUCAGCACAGGAAGGACAUGGAGCUGUUUGACCAAAUCCAGAGGAGACCAUGAAGAUAUUCCAAGGGUUGGAGCCCUCUCCUGUGAGGAAAGGGUGAGAGCUGAGGGUGGUCAGCUUGGAGAAGGAAAGGCUCCAGGGAGACCUUAGAGCCUCUUCUAGUGCCUAAAGGGCUUCCAAGAGAGACUGAGAGGGGCUUUGGACAAGCGUCUGGAGGGCCAGGACAAACAGGGGAAUGACUUCAGACUGCCAGAGGGCAGCAGGUCUUUGCUUUUCAGAGGGGAUUCCAUGAUCCAGCACAGAGCCUGGCUUGGGCAGGAGGUGCUGGAUCCAUCCCUGCUGACCUGGCUGUGUGAUGGGCUCCAAAUGGAAGGAUAAGGGGUCCUAGGCCAUGGGUUUGUGUCAGGGUCUCCAUGAGGAGGUGAGCAAGAUGAACACAGAACAGUCCAGCAUGGAGUAGGACAUAAAGAUGAUGUGGCAAGCACUUGGCAAGCUGAGCUGCCACCAAUUCCUCCGAGAGGGAGUUGAAUGCCCACCCCCUCCUCAGGGACUCCUGAUGGCAGCAUGCCCCAGGGGACUGAGCAGCAUGCCUGCCCGUGUCUGUGUCACGCCCCUGUGAGUGGGCCGGGCCCCCCAGCACCGGGACUGGUCCCAAAGGGGCCGUGGCAGGGCCAGUGGAAGGCCCCGGUGCCCUUCCUGCCCUGCUCCGUUGGCAGCCAUGGGGGCUCAUUCUGCUGCCCUGAGCAGGCAGAGCAGAGGAGCAGCUGCUUCUUGUUUGGCUGUUCCUAAAGUUCCUGCUAGCUGCGUAUUCAACACUUGGGGCAAGGUCUUCCAUGCAAGCUGGGGCAGUUUGGGUGGGGUGGGGGUGUGUCCUGGGGCUCUCUGUGACACAGUGCACCGUGGUCACCAUGGGAUGGUAAGGGAGAGAGUGUUCCAUGGUGACCCUUUGUGACACGUCGUGAUAUAUGUGCUGACAGUGACACAGCCGUGCCACAGUGCUCGAUGCACACAACGGGACAGGACGGGAAAGAGCAGUGCAGUGAGGAGCCCCCACACAGCCAACUCAUUCCUUGCUGACCCGGAGCUUUUCCGAGGCGUUCUCUGUGCAGGUGACCUCGAGGCCAGGCUGCGGGACUCGGUGACGUGGAGCAUUUCCGAAGCGUCUGCCAUCCCUGCGGCCAGUGCCCUCGAGGAUAGACUGCGGGACUCUCAGUCCUAUUUCUUUCUAGAGACUUCUCUCUUGCUGGUGCCCUUGAGGACAGACUGCAGGACUUACUGUCCUGUAACAUUCCCAAGGCCCCUCUGUUGCAGGUGCCUUCUAGGUACGACUGCAGCACUUGCUCAUCUUCAGCUCUUCCGAGGCCUCUCUGCUUCAGCAGGCACUCAUAACUGCAAAGAGUGACAUGGAGCAGAGACCACCCAGCAUGACCAAGCUGGCCUGGGUGGAGGAGGAAGAGGCUGGAGCUCCCUCAGCACAGCAGCCUGAAGAACUGGAGCAGUUCCAGCUGCUGCAGGAGGAUGCAGCCGAGGAGCGGACACAAGAGCAGGAAGCCGCCCCUGGCCGCUUUUGCGGAACAGCGCAGGUACCUGUGGCCAUCCCUACCUGGGCUGGGCCUGCUGUCACUGCUCAGCCAAGCACCAGGCUUGGAGUGCUCCAUGGAUGCUCCCUCCCUUCCUGCCCUUCUCCUGCAGACCCUCUGUGACUCCAUCAUGUGCCUUUGGCAGGAAGAGACCGCUGGUGUGGGCACCGGCCUCUUGGCGGACCUUCUGUUCCUCAAUGCUGAGACCGGUGCUGCCAUGCUGGAUUUGCUUGUGGAGGAGGGUGUCUCCGAUCCAACGCAAGUGCCCGCCAUGGUGAGGUACAUCCACCAGUGGCUCACGGCCAAUGAGUCUGCUGGGCACAGGCUGGACGAGGCCCUUCUGGAGCUGACCGAGGAAUACCCCUCGGACGUGAUGAUCACCCUAUUGCGCUGGGCCCCAUCGUGUGACAGAGCUGCCGCGACCAUGUGGGGAACCAUCAUGUCCUCGAGCAGGACUGCGGAGCCGGCGCUGCAGUUACUCCUCGACGCGCUCAGCGCCUGGCCAGUGUACAGCGUGUACACCUCUGAUGGGGACAAUGCAGGAGUCUUUGCCCUGGCUGCAACCGUGGCACUGUGGAGAGUCUUCAAUCUGACCUGGCGCUCCCCUGUCGUGCUGGAGUAUUUCCCCAAUCUCUUUCUGCGUCUGCUCUUCCAAGCUUACAUCAGCACGCAGGAGAUGCCAGAAGAGGUUGAGACUUUCUGGAAGGGAUGCCAGGAGGAACACGGCCUCGCCGCCAACCCCAACAGCUUUGCACUGCAGACCCUGAAGGCCCUGCUCUGCCAAAUGCGCUAUGAGCACGUGGUGGUGUCAAUGGAACGCAAGCGUGCCUGGGACACGCUGCUCUGUGCUGACACCCACCACUAUGCAGUGCGUCUUCUGGCCAGGGAGAUGCGCCGCGUCUCCAUCAUCUGGUGUUGCGGCAUGGCAUCCUGCCUCUUUGACCUGCUCAGCGAAGGCAUUUCAGACUGGGAACUGCCCGCCCUGGCGUUCCUGGUGGAGGUCCUGGACUGCCUGGACUUGAGCGAAUGUGGUGAAAAAGUCCUGGAGAUCUUGACAAGUCAGCUGCAGAGUGAGUCCACGGAGAUGCGUCGCGUGGUACUCCGCGGCCUCGUGGUGCUCACUUCGAUGGAUCCAAGCAUGUUCAACCUGACUGAAAGCCUUGCGAAACUACUGUGGGAUGCGGACGAAGACAUCGUGGAGAUGACCCUCAUUGUGCUCAGCUUACUGCUGCUGCACAAAGACCUCACAAUAGCCAGCCCCAUCGCCCUGCAGCUGGCUGAGGCGCUCUGGCACCUCUUUGACAAUGACAACAGCCAUGUGCAGCUGCUCUCCAUUCGCCUCUUCCAAGACGUGAUCACGCUGGUAGUGGCAAAGGACAAAAAGGCCCUGAAGAAGCAUGUGAGCGAGAGCCUGCUCCCGCUCUUCUUCCACUGCCACGAUGAGAACGGGCGUGUGGCACAGGCCUCUCGGGAAACGCUGCUUUCUGCAGUAAGGUUCCUGAAGAGGAAGGAUCUCAAGCAGCUGCUGAAGACGGAUCAGAUGUGGAGGUUGGCCGAGUGCUUGCUGGGAGAGGAUAGGAGCCGUGCGGCCGAGCGCCUGCGCCAGGCCCUGCCAUACCUGCGGAGCCCACAGGAGCCCCUGCGAGAGGCGGCCGUCAGGUUCAUCGGGAUCGCCGGGCGCUACCUGACAGGGCAGCAGCCAGAGUUCCGGAUCAUCUGCAUGGCCCUUCAGGACAUGACGGAUGACACCAGCCCUACCGUCUCAUGCCUGGCACUUCAAACUCUGUACAUCAAUUUAGCUGUACAGAGCAUUCCCUCCUCUGGACUCCAGAAGAUGCGAGACCAACUCCGCCAGCUCUGGAAGUCGCGGCCUUUCCUGUGUUACCGUGGCUGAGUGUCCUGCUGCGGCGCCGUGGAGAAGUGAUCCGGGAGGCUGUGUCUGCUGGGGCCACCUGAACCUGCGGGGAACACCUCUCCUCUGCAAGCACUUCCUUUCCCACCCUCUAUAGGAACAUUAAAUUGCUGUUGUCAUA